AUGCGGAAACGAGACCGUCGGAAGCUCCUCCCGUCAGUGCGGGAAAUGGGGAGGGACUCUCGUCUGCUCCCCGUUCGUGCGUUCGCCGCGGCUGUCGCUCGCGUGGUUCUAAUAAGCCUGCUGGUCGCGGCGGUCUUGGUGAUUCCCCGCGCGAACGGCGCUAUCACGGUGGAACAGAAGCGGAAGCAGGGCGGCGACGUGAAGAGCGCGUUCCUGGUGAAGGACGAGGAGGAGCUGCCGGGCACGGGCCUGUACGGCGCCGCCACGAGCUUGGCGGCUGGCGGCACGGCGUACCGCCUCUCGCGGCAGGGCAUCAGCACCAUGGACCUGGUAACCAACACACUGCGGCGACGGAGAGUGAUCAAGAUGUUCAGAGGAGGGCCGUUCAGCGUGAACAGGUCGUCGUACUACAUAAGCAUGGAGUUCGGGCCCAUCAAGCACAUCAUGAACCUGCGUGUCGACAACCUCACGCCGCUCACCUGGGUCUCCUGCGAUUGCAUCCAGUGCCGCACUGCGGGCGCCAUUUUCAAGGAGCGGCCGCCGUUCAACACCACGGCCAGCAACUCAACGCGCAUGGCGUGUGCUACCCCCACGUGCACCGCUGUGACGGGGCAGCCUGUGCCGCUUGGACAAGUCGGCUGCAACCUCGCCUCUACCGUCAUCCCAUCUGCUGUGCGCACAGGCAGGUGCACGUACUCGCACUCAUUCCCCAUCGCCAAGAGCCCUCUAGGGUCCCCCGGGAGCCUGCUGCUGAGCGGUGACAAGACGAGCACCGGGAAGAGCGAGGGGGUGCUGCUGUCGGAGCAAGUGUGGUUCACGCACUCUGAUAACACCACCGUCAACCCCCUGCUUACCAUCGGCUGUGGCAUGGCGCAGAGCGGCAGUCUAGCGGGGGUCACAGAGGCGCCGGACGGGGUGUACGGGCUGGGCAGGGGGGCGCUGAGCAUCCAGAGCCAGAUGAACGACCUGGCCAUAUGGGAGUACGGGUAUGGCAUGUGUCUCGAGGGCGACGCCUCCAGCAACAACGCCAAGUCGUACCUCUCCCUGGGGAGCGGCCGCAUUGGCGGGGCCAACGACUCUGUUCCGAUUAUUUUUGUUGGGAACAGCCCGCUGCUGUUCGUGGACAUGGUAUCCGUGGCUGUGGGGCUCGUGACGCUGAACUUGCCGCCCGGAACGUUCUCCCUGCCGUCCGAUCAGGGUCUGGGCGGCACAGUGUUCGACCCCUUCACCACCAUCACCCGCCUGCCGCCCGCUGCUCUCAACGGCAUGAUUGAUGCUCUGGUGUACACCCGCCCGGGUCUACUGCCGGACGCCACCACGUCCACUGCACUGGGGCUGCGCUGCUUCACAGGCACCAUGUACAAGAAUGCCAACCAUACGGCGUUCUAUCAGCAGUUCCCCACCAUGCACAUGCGCUUUGGCAACGGGGCCUACUUCUUCCUCCUCCCAGAGACCUACCUCAUUGCCACCCCCUCUACUGGCAAGGUGUGCUUCGCUGCUGCGGCCUCUGAGGACAGCCGAACCACAAUCGGAGAGUCCUUCCUACGCAACAAGUAUGUGGUGUAUUCCUUCAUCACCAACGACAUCUCCUGGUACGACAUGAACUGCACCACCGGCCUCCGCUACUCCAACUUCACGCUCCGCCCCCCACCCACCGCGCCCUCCCCUCCCCCCGGUACCCCCCUAGCGCCCCCCAUGUACGAGUAUCCGCCUCCGCCCUCCCCUCCGCCCCCCAAACCGCCGUCUCCGCCCCCCAAACCCCCCUCCCCGCCUCCUCCGAAGCCCCCCUCUCCGCCCAAACCUCCCCCCUCUCCGCCACCCAAGCCCCCUCCAUCUCCCCCCUUAAAGCCUCCUCUUUCCCCCCCCAAAACCCCCUCUCCUCCCCCCAAACCCCCUCCGCCUUCCCCCCCGAAGCCCCCAUCUCCCCUGAAGCCCCCGCUUUCUCCCCCCAAACCCCCUCCGUCUCCCCCUUUGACACCCCCUGCUUCCCCUAAGCCUCCCCCAUCCCCUCUGAAACCACCAACACCUGCAAGUCCCCCUCCUCCCAAACCUCCUGGUUCUACCACUUCCACCCCACCUCCCCCUGCAAAGACCCCUCCCCCCACCACCUCCGCCCCCCCUACCCCCAAACCUCCUGGUUCUACUACCCCUUCCGCGCCCCCUCCCCCCAGACCUCCUGGUUCUACUACUUCCACCCCCCCUCCCCCCACCACCUCCGGUCCCCCUACUCCCAAGCCCCCGGGCUCUGGAGCCUCUACACCCCCCCCUACUCCGUCUGACUUUCCCCCUCCCCCUGAACCGCCCCUCCCCCCUGGUCCUGCGCCCCCACCAAAACCCCCCCGCCCCCCUCGCCCUCCCCCGAACCCUCCCCCCAUGCCCCCACCCACUCCCCCUCCGCAACCCCCCCGUCCCCCCCGCCCUCCCCCCAAUCCCCCCCCAGAGCCGCCCCCAGCACCCCCAACUCGCCCCCCCCGACCCCCGCGCCCUCCCCCAAACCCUCCCCCUAUGCCCCCCCCUUCUCCCCCUCUCAAACCCCCUCGCCCCCCGCGUCCCCCCCCUCCACCUUUCCCCCCGGGUUACAUCUUCCCCCCAUCCCCCCCGCUGCCCCCUCCCUCUCCAUCCCCGAAGCCCCCAGGCCCCCCUGCCCCUAUCUUCUCCGCCCCCCCUUGGUGGACAAUAUGGCCUCUUCACACCUCCUCCCCCGCUGCCACUACAUCUGCUCCUGGGUUUGAUCCGAGCAAUCUGGACCGCCAAUUGGACCGCUCGGGCAGUGAGGCAGGAGUUGCAGCAGCAGCAGGCGGAGGAGUGAGUGGGCUGGGAGGGUUCCGGGUGCAGAGCUUUGGUGAGGAGGACGGGGUUGGGGAGGUGGUGGGGCGGAAGGAGGCGGGAGAAGGGGUCAAAGGCACAAUGAGUGUUGUUGCAAGCUCAACCAGUACUAAUGCCGCUGCCAAAGCUGCCGCCACCAAAGCUGCAGCCGCGGAAGCUGCGUCCGAUGCUGCGUACCCGGACGCAGCAAGCAUAGCGCAGGCGUUGCAGUACGAGAAGAAGCACGGGCUUAGGGAAAAGGUGAUUGGAGCGUCACCGGCAGAGUAUGAGCAGGCGCUUGAGGAGGGAGUGGAUGUGAUGGGGGAUGUGUACGAUGAGGAGUUUGACCAGGCUGCUGUUAACGCAGCCAAGGAGGGGAAGAUUGCCCGGGCUGAGGCGGAGGAAGAGGCGGCGGCGGCUGCAGCGGGAGAAGUGAAGUCCGGUGAUUCUGGUGGUGGUGGUGGUGGUGAUUCUGGUGGUGGUGGUGAUGGUGGUGAUGGUGGUGAUGGUGGUGCUGCUGGUGAUGGUGGUGCUGCUGGUGGUGCUGCUGGUGCCGGGGAGGUGGGAGGUGCGGAUCGGCAGAUGGUAUUCGCUCACUCCAUUGACCUGCUGCCCAUCGAUUACAACAACCCCCUCUCAGCCGCUGUGCUUCCCGGUGCCGACGCAGCUGGGGAAAACGCAGAUGAGAGCGGCAGCAGCAGCAUUGCAGUGAAAGCACAUGUCACUGCAGCCACAGCAGCAGCGACUGAUGAUGCUUCCGAAGAAGACACCCCCUUCUCCUUCCUGCCGACCUCCUCCCUCUCCUGCGUGCCUGCCACUGACUGUGACUUCCACUUCGAAGGACACGCGGACUCGAUCCCUCUCUUUGACAUCUCGUCACUGCCAGCCUCCGGUGGUGCUCUGCACACCCCGCCCAUUGCUUUCCGCGCUUCCGCUGCUGCACGCACAGUGAAGCUGGAGGAGAGGGAGGCACGGGAGAGGGAGAGGGAGAGGGAGGGGGAGAGGGAGUGUUUGCCACCCAAGGUAGUGAGUGUGGAGAGUGGGGAGGGCAUGGCGGCGUGUGAUGAGGAGGAGGCGCCUGCGAGCGUUGACAAGCAGUUCUACCUGCAUGACAAUCGCCUAGCAUCGCACCCCUUCCAUCCAGCAUCCAGCAAGGCAGCAUACUCUGGCGUGACGGUGCGCCUGCAGCUGCUCUCUGUGUCGCUGCUGCUGGAUGGAACAGUAGUGAGCCUGCGCGAAGGGGACGGGCUUGAAGGGUUCCCUGAGGACAAGCGAUGCAUUCUGUUUGGAGUCCAGGGCGGGCGCGACUGA